ACAACAACACGGCUACUGAUUCAACCACCUCGGUAGCUUGCUAGCCAACAUGAAUUCGAAUCAUUGAAGCUCUGAAUACCGUUGUUGUGUAACUACGCGAAUUCCAGUGUUUUAAACACAGCUCUGUUAACGUAUGUACUAGUUGAUUUAAACUUCAUUCGCUUCGGAGCCUAGCACCAGGGUAGUCGAUAAUGCUAGCUAGCAAACAUCCCCGACCAUGAACUCACAAAGUUAUUCCCCCCCUGCUAUUGAAGAGGUCUGCUGGAUGGAGAAAGAAGCUCUUAGGCUGAACGUUGUCGUAAAAGAGGAAGAUGAUGAUAUUACAGUGAAAGGAGAGGAAGAAGCAUUCAGAAUGAAAAAAUAUAAAAUGGAGGCUAUCACGUUGAAAGAAGAACAGGAUGUUAAAGUGAAAGAAGAGAAAAUACCGUUUGUUGUGAAAAAGGAAGAGGGGAUAGAGGCUGUCACAGUGAAAGAAGAGGUAGAACCUUUCAGAAUGAAAAAGGAAGAGGAGGCUGUCACAUUGAAAGAAGAGGAGCAACCGUUUGAAGUGAAAGAGGAGGAGACAGAAUAUCCGAUUAAAACCAAGCCAAAAACGAGGCAAUCUGCUCUUUUCUGGCCCUCCCAGAGCUCUACAUUGAAAGAGCACAUCAGAAAGAUACAGGAAGAGUCUAGCGUGGCACCCAUGAGUCCCAGACAGUUUGGUGGUGGUGACGACGCUAUUCACUGCAACGGAGAACGGGACAUGAAGGACAGCGAUUGGUUUCCAAGCAACAGACUGGAGUCGGCUCCAGAGAAGCACAAGCAAGCGCAGAGGGAGGGUGGUGACCCAGCUCUCCCACACCCCUCCCUUCUCCCCGAGUCCCCAGGUCGUGCCUCUCCCGGUAAUGCCUUAAUGUGGGGUCUGAAGAGGGUGUCUGUGCGGCUGGUGAACUGCAGGAAAACUCCAGGGCUGAGUGGAACUGUGAGAGAAGGAGAAGAGGGAGAUUCAGAUUCAAUGUCAUCAAGAGAAAGACCAGACUCAGAGGAACCAGAGCCAGGGACAUCAGAAAGACGACACCACUGCUCCCAGUGUGGAAAGAGUUUUACCCGGUUAUUACACGUGAAAAGACACGAGAGGACACACACAGGAGAAAAGCCCUUCCACUGCUCCCAUUGUGGACAGAGUUUUACCAGGUUAUAUAGCCUGAAAAGACAUGAAAGGACACACACAGGAGAAAAGCCUUUCCACUGCUCCCAGUGUGGAACGAGUUUUACCCGUUUAUGGCACUUGAAAAUGCAUGAGAGAAGGCACACAGGAGAGAAGCCUCACGACUGCUACGAUUGUGGAAAGAGUUUUACCCAAUCAUGGCACCUGAAAAUGCAUAAGAGAAUGCACACAGGAGAAAAGCCCUUCCUCUGCUCCCAUUGUGGAAAGAGUUUUGCCCAGUUAGGGAGCCAGAAAGAACAUGAAAGAAUACACUCUGGAGAAAAGCCCUUCCAGUGCUCCCAUUGUGGAAAGAAUUUUACCUGGAUAGGGAACCUGAAAACUCAUGAGAGGACGCACACAGGAGAGAAGCCUUUCCACUGCUCCUUGUGUGGAAAGAGUUUUACUCAGUUAGGGGGCCUGAUCAAACAUAAGAGAAUACACAAAGGAGAGAAGCCUUUCCACUGCUCCCUGUGUGGAAAGAGUUUUACUCAGUUAUGGACUUUAAAAACACAUCAGUGGACACACACAGAAGAAAAGCCUCACACCUGUUCCCAGUGUGGAAAGGGUUUUGUUACGUUAAGGGGCCUGAAAAAGCAUGAGAGAAUACAUACAGGGGAGGAGAAGCCUUAUCAAUGCUCUCAUUGUGGGAAAGGUUUCGGACGAUCAGGGUAUCUAAAAGUGCAUGAAAGAACACACACUGAAGAGAAACCAUAUCAAUGCUCCCAGUGUGAAAAUACAUUCUUCUCACAAGGGGACCUGAAAAAACAUGAGAGAACACACUCUGUAGAGAGGCCUUUCCAAUGUUCCCAGUGUGGAAAGAGAUUUAUUCAGUCAUCGCAUCUGAAAGAGCACACAAGAAUACACACAGGAGAAAAUCCAUUCCAAUGCUCUCAUUGUGGAAAGGGUUUUACCAGGUUAAGGAGACUGAAAACACAUGAGAUGACACACACAGGAAAAUAGCUUUUCCACUGCUCCCAGUGUGGAAAGAGUUUCACCCCGUCAAGAUACCUGAAAAAGCAUGCGCUAACACACUCUGCAGAGAAGCCUUGAAAGAGAGAAGCUUUUCCACUGCUCCCAGUGUGGAAAGAUAUUUACCUAGUUAGGGAACCUGAAAGACCAUGGACCACACACUGGGGAGUUGCCUUACAUCUGCUCCCAGUGUGGAAAGAGAGAUUUCACAUAAACACAGGCAGUGUUUAGGUAGUUGGCUAGGUAAUUAAACUAGCUAGCUAGUUAAGCUGGCUAGGUAGUUAAGCUAGCUAGUUAAGCUGGCUAGGUAGUUAAGUUAGCUAGCAGAGAGAACAGUCUAUGACUAGGGUGCCUGGAGUCUUUGACAAUUUUUGGGCCUUCCUCUGACACUGCCUGGUAUAGAGGUCCUGGAUGGCAGGAAGCUUGGCCCCAGUGAUAUACUGGGCCAUACACACUAAUCUAUGUAGUGCCUUGCGGUCGGAGGCCGAGCAGUUGCCAUACCAGGCGGUGAACUUAGCCCCCCCUCGCUCUCCCUCUCUCCACAGUUUUAUGACGGUCUUAAAUACUCUGCUUCUGGGUCUGUAGAAUUGGAAUUGGAAUAUGUGACUGUGGGACACAGAGAGAGACUUGGCCAAACUUUAACAUCAAAAGGUUGAAUGAUGAAACCGUAUUUCUGUAAAUCCGGACAGUUCGAAUGGUCGGUGGGAAAUCAAGGAAUGACUAUGUCGAGUUUGUUUCAUUUGGUGACCUCAUGAAAGACAGGAGACCCACAUUACUGUAUGUUUGUUUGUAUACACUUCUCAACUAUGGGGUUUGCAUCUGAAUGUUGUAUAAAAUAAAUGAUUAAGCAUAAGAAUACUUUUGAAAGUAUUUUAGUGUUUUAGUCUUCUAAAUGAGAAUUGUUUUUCAUAGUAACUUAUGAUCAGGCAGUGGCCACGCCCCCCACUCCAGUAUAAAACCCACUUCGGACGAAAUUUACAUUCGACCAAAACAUCCCGGGUUGCUGCCGGUGUGUGAAGUGGUUCUAGCUGUGACCUGACCAAUUAACCAUUGAGACCAGAGAGCAUGGAACGGUAGUGACAUGGUUGGCAAUUUAAAUACAGACCAGAGGACGUAGGGACGCAGUCCGUACGUUACAAAUGGUUAAGAAGAAAAUCUCUACAAAACUGAACACUACGUAUUCAGUCUGCAGCUGUUUGAGUACUUUAGUCUGGUAAACACGACUGAUCGAACGACGAAUGGUACUCUGAAAGAUCCAUUCUGGAGAACAUUUCACUAUCGAACAACCAUUGGUACGAUUGACGUAUCCAUUAUAAUAUGCUACAACUACAAAAGACUUUGAUCUUUGGUGAACAAACCAGAGACAUUCUGUCGACUGACUAUCCAGCAGACGGACCGGCGAUCACAGAGAGUGACAAAGCUAUACACUCGUAAAUAUGUAAAUUGCAAUUUAUUUUCGAAUGAGCGGCUGUUCAUGUGCAAAAGGGUUAGCAUUUCCAUGAGCGUGGUUAUCAACUGUAUGUACAUGGGUCCACUUUGUUUUUCCCACUCUUUAUCUGUCCUCACCCCUUUCCUUUGUCUACCAAGCCGUCAUAUCGGUUUAGUCCCCUAGGGACUUUUCAGUGUAUCAUGUGAGUAACCAAUGUAUAACCUAUCCUGUGUGUGUUUAUGUAAUUCUAUGUGAUUAUUUAGUUAGUUAGUAAAUAAAUAAUUAUGCCAAUUUGAA